UUUUUUUGGUCAACUGGUCUUUUAUUCUCCUCCAUCAACAAAUUUUACAUCCACAACUCACCCAAAAAAUAUUCUCACUAAAACUAUGUUAUAGUUAUUCGGUUACACAAAUGUAUGAUAUUCGCUCAUCUGGAUGUUUCCUGAAUAUUUUUUCUGUCUUGUAUCAUACUGAAAAUGCAGAAUAUUGAUAUUCUACAUAUAUCUUGAUCAAACUGAUACUAACUAACAAAUUUUGUCCAUGAUCAUAUAUAUCCAUCAAAACUUAUCAAGAAAAUUCUUAUUUGUAUAUCACCAACAUAUCUACAAAACUGUUUUCUACUAAUAGACUCUCCGCAAUGUGAAUACGUGCACCAAAUUGAAAUUUUACUUUUUAAAAAAUAUCCAAUAUAAAUAUAUGGAUAUAAAAAAAUAUAUUUUUUAUUUUAUACAUAUUUGUGUAUAUUAAAGUAUGAAAUGAUGAUGUCAAGGUGUAUAAAGACAAAUCAACUUAUGCAUACAAUUAAAAGCUAACUAAAGCUAUUACAUUGAGUUGCAUCUCAAUUACUUAUCAAUCGGUUCUAAAAUGUAUUUUUGUCAGUUUAGAUACUAAAUUCAUCUAAAAUCCUGCCCUUUGUUUACCUUUGGUAUAUAUUAAGAAGAAAUCUAUUUUUACUGUAUAAAAAUUCUAUUUAGUAUAUUAAAUAUGUUUGGGUAUUUGUCUAUUAUAUCAAUAUUUUAGUUUUAGUAGCGUAUAAAUUUAAUAUGAUCUAAAUUUCUGGAUUAUUUAAAAAUAUACAAUGAGAAUAAUGGAUGUAAUUAUCGGCUACAUAUAGCAAGAUAUUGAUGCAAAAAAAAAUCUCCAAAAAAUCAAGAUAUUUUAUGAGCUGAAGAUAUUUCUUUUAUUUUUUUUUAAUUUACUUUUGAAUUACUCUAACCAAUCAAAUCUGAUAUUAGUUUAUGUGAUAAUUUAUCGUAAUUAGUGUUUUUUGAACAGUUAAACCAGUUUUAACAAAAAAAAAACAGUUAAAUAAUGUGACAUUUUGAAGUUUUUCCUCAUUUUGAUAAGAGAUGCUAUAACACUGUACUGUCCUCGUUGGUGCACGUUAGCAUAACUCCAAACUGCAUUAUCAUUGGCCGUUAUGCGUUCAACAAAGGCUUAGGGUUCCGGACUCAGCGGAGGCGUCGCCACCGGAGAAAGUCGGAUCUUCUAAUUUGCAGAUCAGAUGGGCGAAGAAGACACCGCGGAAUUGGAUCAGAACAGUUAUAAUGGUGGCGAAGAUUCUUCCAAAGUGCUUACAUUGCCCACCGUAUUAACCCUCGGCCGUGUCGCCGCCGUUCCGAUCCUCGUCGCGACCUUCUACGUUGAUUGCUGGUGGGGGAGAACUGCCACAACGAGUAUCUUCAUUGCAGCUGCCAUUACAGAUUGGCUUGACGGGUACAUUGCGAGAAAGAUGAGAUUAGGCUCUGCGUUUGGUGCUUUUUUGGAUCCAGUUGCAGAUAAGCUUAUGGUAGCAGCAACGUUGAUAUUGCUGUGCACUAAACCUAUGGACGCUGUUGUUUUUGGACCAGUUCCUUGGUUAGUGACUGUACCUUCAAUUGCUAUCAUUGGUAGAGAGAUUACUAUGUCGGCAGUAAGAGAGUGGGCUGCAUCUCAGAACGGCAAGCUUUCGAAGGCUGUUGCUGUAAAUAGCUUGGGAAAGUGGAAAACUGCAACGCAGAUGAUAGCGCUGACCAUACUGCUUGCAAGCCGGGAUAGCAGUUUUGAGAGGCUAUUACCGCCGGGUAUUGGGUUGCUCUAUGUAUCUGCAGGUCUCUCUAUAUGGUCUUUAGUUGUUUAUAUGAGACAGAUUGUGAGAGUACUGCUAAAGAAGAAGUAGCGAGAUUGCUUUUCUGGCUUUUGCGUUCAGUAUAUACACAUAGAAUGGAAGACUCGCCCAUCAGCAUUUACAUCUCUUCUUGAAGAAAGCACUAUAAGACUCUUAUGAUGCUUUAGUUCUGUUUUCAACUUUGGGUACUGCGAUCAUACUCAGCUUGGUUUGGUUUUGUAUAAUCUCUCUGAAUCACGUUGCUCCUUGCUCGCUGCACACUGAGUUUUACUGAAGCAGGCAGCACGAAUUUUUUGGACAAUGAAGGAGAAAGCAAGCAGGUGCAGUUUCAUUCUAGUUGGAGACUUGCUUGGGCUCAUGAACUCUUGAGAUAAUGAAAUAGAACAGUUGUUGCAUGUGUUAUGUAGAUUCUUUUUCAAUCUUUUCCUGAUACAAUAUAAACAUAUAUAAAAACAAAUCUUUGAUAUAA